UGGUAAAAUAGGUACUUAGGUACCUACCGACCUACGUGAUUGGUUCAUUGAUUUAAUCUUGUACAACCGGUACCGACAUUGGUUUUACCCAGUUACUCCGGUUACCUACCUAAUAAUAAUUCGUAUGCUCGAUAUUCGUAUACCUACCUAUAGCUUUAUUUCAAUUCUAAAAUGAUAUCCAAAAAAGUAUUUGUGUAUUUUUUUAUUCUUCUAUAUUGGUCUGACACAGAUGUUACAGUCACUCCACAGCCAACUCUGAAUGAAGCAAACCAAAUAAUUCCUGAAACAUCUUCGCUAACACAUCUCCAGGCACGAAUAUGCAAAAAGGUUCUACCGCAAACCAUGGAAAUUACAGGCGAAGACAGAGCGAUUUUUGUCGGUGCAUCUGCUUUUAAAGAAUUCAUUCGAAGAAACAAUUUUUAUACCGAUAAUUCCGGAUUGAUUCGUGAAAUUAUACACUCCAAGGCCAAGGUUAUUCUCAUUACCGCGGCCCAACGUUGUGGUAAGACUAUGAAUUUGAAGAUGAUUCAGACGUUCUUAGAGAUACCGGUAGCCGAGAAUGGCAGCAUUUUUGAGUUAAACUCAACAUUUGCGUACAAUUAUUUCGCAAAUGGGGUAGUCGUCCCAUCAGGCAGAGAUCAUAUGAACGUCAGUGUCGAUCCCCCACCGAUGAUUUCCAACUUUCCGGUUGAUAUUUCGGAGCACUUAGGAAAAUAUCCCGUUAUUCAUAUCGAUUUUGCAAAUGUUGACCCGAAUGUAAACAGCGUUAGAUCCAAAAUCGCGGAAAUUUUCAACGUACAUGAAUAUUCACUGCUUCCAUACAAGAAGAUUUAUAAGGAACAAUCGGGGACUAUCUUGGGUUGCAAUGCUCUGACCAUUAUAGAGAAAUUUGACAACAUUACAAAGGGACAAGUCAACGAAUAUGAAUUAAUUCGUAGCAUUUGUUUUUUGUCCAAACUAUUAUUCGAAUUUCAUAAUAGAACAAAAGUCGUGAUACUGAUCGACGAAUACGAUCACUUUAUAAACCAACUUAUCUCAACACAAUUUGACCACAAAAAACUUCUGACAUUUUAUGGUAAUUUCCUGAUCGCUUCUGUUAAAUCAAACACAUUUUACUCAACACGAGCCGUACUUACUGGGACCACUCGAGUAGCCGAAUUGACUGGAUUAUUGAACUCGGAGUGUAGUUCUGUAUUUUCCAACAUCAUGGAGCUAAAUGAUUUUGAUAAUUUUUAUGGAAUCACCAAACUGGAAAAGGAGGAGAUGCUUAAAUUGGCCAAAGAUCCGAAAUAUUCACCAAAACAUGAAAAGUUUACCAAACAGCAAACUCGGAAUGAAGCAAACCCAACAAUACCUGAAGGGAUACAACGAAGGCAAAGUCAUCACCAGGCACAGAUAUGCAAAAAGGUUCCACCACCAAAAGGAGCUGCAGACAGGGCUGGAUCAAUUUUUAUCGGAUCAUCUACUUUUGAUGAUUUCAUUAGAGAAAGCCAUUUUUAUGCCGAUAAGUCUGGAUUGAUUCUUGAAAUUAUACAAUCUCAUGCAAAGGUACUUGUCAUUACCGCGGCCAGACGUUGGGGUAAGACUAUGAAUUUGAAAAUGAUUCAGAUGUUUCUAGAAAUACCAAUGGCCACGGAUGGCAGCAUUCAGGAUUUGAACACAACUUUCGCCUAUAAUUAUUUCACAAAUGGUGUAAUCGUCCCUUUAAGAAGUGACCUCAUUAGCGUCAGUGUUGAUCCACCACCGAUGAUUUCCAAUUUUCCGGUUGAUAUUUCAGAACACUUGGGAAAAUAUCCCGUAAUUCAUAUCGAUUUUGUAGCUGUUGGCUCACGUACGAGUAUAAGCGAUGUUAAAUACGAAAUCGCGGAAAUUUUCGAAAAACAUGCAUAUUCAGUGUCUCCAUACAGGAAGAUUUAUAAUGAUCACCCGGGGACUCCCUUGGGUUUAAAUGCUCUAAAUAUUACACAACGAUUCCAAAAAAUUCUAGAGAGACAAAUCGAUGACGAAGAAAUCAUUGAUAGCAUUAGUUUUCUAUCUGAACUGUUGUUCAAAUUUCAUAAAAAAAAAGUCGUGAUACUGAUCGACGAAUACGAUAAUUUUAUAAAUCGUCUUGUUUUGCCACAAUUUGAUAAACAAAUUGUGGACCUAGAGAAUCUUCUGAAAUUUUACCGCAGUUUCCUAAUCGCGUCCGUAAAAACAAACAUUUACUUAGAACGAGCCGUACUAACCGGGAUCAUUAGAAUAGCCGAAUUGGCCGGACUGUCGAAUUGGGAGGCAGGUUCCAUAGAACAUAUUAAUACCAUUGAGCCGAGCAAUUUCAGUAAUUUCUAUGGAAUCACCAAACAGGAAAUGGAGGCGAUGCUCGAAUUAGCCGAAGAUCCGGAAUAUUCACCAAGAUAUGAAAUUUUUAUGGACGAAGAUCACAUCGUUGAUCAAGUAAUGAACUAUUAUGAUGGGUACUCUUCUUAUGGUGAAAAUGCGGUUUCAAUAUUCAAUGUGUUAUCUUUGGUUGAGUUUAUAAAUGAAGCUAUACUGGAUGACUAUUGGUUUCGCACAUCCUCGAUUUAUCACUACUGGAAAUUAUUCCGAUUCGCAAAAUUCAAUCACGCUAUGUCGAAGCUUUAUGAUGGACUUACGAUUCCAAUGCCAGUGAACGCCAUCAAAGAUAUAAAUACAGAGGCAUUAAAUCGUAUUUACGAUUUCAUUCGUAAUACUACCAUCACAGAUGAAUUUACUGAACAAGACCUCCACACAACACUCUCUCUCCUAUCUUUCAUGGGAUACGUGACCGCGCAGAAAAAUUCUCUACAAAUUACUGAUACGUCCGCGACGUUCCAGAUGCGCCUACCCAAUUUUGAAAUAAAAAUGAAGUUAUUCCAUAAAUGGCUUAAAAUCAUUGUUGAACCGAAAAUUGACAAUCUAGUUGCCAUAAUUGAAAAUAGGAUGCAUCUUGAUGGAGCUUACUCGUAUCUAGAAUUUAAAUCUAGAUUGGAAAUUAAUAUGACUGGUAUUCUCGUAAGAUCAGCGAAAAGCACCAAUGUAUCAACUUACUUUCCUUAUUUGAAAACAACACUGAAUAUUUUGUUCAACACUUGCAGAACAGAUAUUCUCCAGGAGAAUACUUACAAUAUCAUGACUGUUUGGAACAACUCAUUGAAAACUUCCACAUUCGAUAGGAUUCUAGAAUUGUGGGCUCCUAUUGCCAAAGUUUAUCAAUGUUGUUAUAAUAUUUCUUCCUGAAGAGCCGAAACCAAUGAACUAAGUUUACCGUAACAGGUUGCGCAAGGGCUAUAAACCAAAAAAACUUACGAUUUUUCUGAAAAUUUUUUUCUCUUUGAUGAUCCAUAUCGCUUUUUCAGGGCAUCUCUUAAGCUAAAAAUUUUUGGAUGACAUAACUCAAAAUGAAAGUCUCCACUGAAUUCUGUCAAAAUCCUUGGACUGUGUUUCGUAAUCUACCUUUAUUCAUAUAGGUAUUAGGAUGAAAUUCCAUCAAUUUGGUACCAUACAAAAAGGUCAGCAUCAUUUCGCGACAUAGGUACCAUAAGUAAUAUAGAAAUUCAAGGAACAAUUGAGGUGUUGAUGAAACAAUGAAUGGGAAAUAGAAGGUACCUUCCUACUUGUAUCUAUGUACCUAUAACAAUUAUUUCUACUUAGCAUCAUUUCGCGACAUAGGUACCAUAAGUAAUAUAGAAAUUCAAGGAACAAUUGAGGUGUUGAUGAAACAAUGAAUGGGAAAUAGAAGGUACCUUCCUACUUGUAUCUAUGUACCUAUAACAAUUAUUUCUACUUUUUUUUAAGCAAAAGAAAAUAAACAAACUUUGUAAAACAAAAUAUAGCUAUAAUAAAAAAAUGAAAAAAAAAAUACGAGUGAAAAAAAGGAAAGCCUCUUACGAUUUAAAUAAGCUUGUUCAGUUUUAAUACCGUAUGUUUAUUUUUUUGUAAGUGUUGUCAAAUACGAGGCAUUUAAUACCUGGAGCUGUUUAAUAGCAGUGAAAUUUUUUUGUCAGUGUCGUGUUUUUUUGAAAUGAAUUUCCAUAAUAUAAUUGGUUUAGGAUUCGUUAAUAAAGUUUUCCAUCCAGAGAAAAAAAAAGUAUGCCUAACUAUAUAUUGCUUUUAAAAUAACAGAAAGUGGAUUGUUUAUUCGUAAAUGGUAGAUAGGCAAGUAUACUUGCAAAUGCUUUUAUUCACAAAGGGACAACUUUUGUACCUUUUUUUUCGUAUACGUUGACAAAAAAAUAGAUGUCUUGGAAUAACAA